CCUGACAUGACGCUCUCCAGACUAUCACUGGCAGGGUCUUCCCAGAUCGUUCUGGCUCUCGGAAGACCGAGAUGACUGAACACCGCUUCAAGGAUCGGCACCUCCGCUUCAUGGUAUCGGCAGCUUCGCCUUGGCUUCCAUCUUCCCGAACGUUCGACCGCCUCAGCGUGUAUAAAAGCAAGCGUCACCGCCGUUUCCUCCAUUAGCACAUUCGACGCAAACCUCAGACUCUCACCCUAGCACACUCAAGCACACAAGCACACGCACUCACCAUGUCUCUCUCCCGCAUCUUGAACGAGUUCCGCCCGCUCGUCCGCAUGCUCGACGAGCCCCUCUUCCGCGCGCCGGGGUACUACAACCCAGGCUUCCGCGGGCGCAGCGCGCUCCUCGAGGACCCGUUCUUCCAGAACCUCAACACGCGCCCCGCUGUGGACGUGAGUGAGGACGCGAACAAGUACAUUGUGGAGGCGGAGGUGCCCGGCGUGAAGAAGGACGCGCUCGAGAUCCGCGUCGGCGACGGCGGGCAGAGCCUCACGAUUGAGGGCCGAUUUGGCUCGAGGCAGGGCGGCGAGCAGCCCGCGGCGGCGGACAACGCGCCCGCUGCAGCGACGGAGGGCACGUCAGAUUCGACCGCGGUGACGAAGGCGGCGGACGCGCCUAACCAGAUCUCGACCGAGCGCACCGUGUUCGGCAACUUCACGCGCACGGUGUGGCUGCCGCGCCCGGUUGACGCGAGCAAGGUAUCCGCGAAGCUGAACGACGGCAUCCUCACUGUCACCGUCCCGAAGGCGGAGGACAAGGGCAGCACCGUCAUCCCUGUCGAGUAAAUGCGAAGUUGGAGGUGGUUUCGUAGGAAGGAUGUCUCGAAAUCCUCUGUACUCUAGCAAUCCUGCAUAACCUGUCAUUCAUGGACUCCCCUGUAACAUAGUCAUCCAGCAAUCUAUACCUCUGCUCCGCUCCUCG